AUGUUCAAAAAGAUCGCCGGCCGACGCAAGAAGCCAUCGAACGACGAUGGGCGUAGUUUGCCUGCUGACGACGACAAUGCAUCCGUGAUCUCGCGAGCAGAAUCCAGUAACUCCCUUACGAUCACACCGACUUUCACCGCACCGGAUAGACGGCGCGAGCCAUCUCCAGGUGAGCAGCUUGUCGAGUCUGGACCUCUUGGGCUCAACGUCGUUUACACUCCAGACAAUGGCCGCAAGGUCGACAUCAUAUUCAUUCAUGGGCUCGGUGGAACGAGCAAGUGGACGUGGUCAAAGCAUAGGAACACGGAGCUAUUCUGGCCGCUCACUUUCCUGCCCUUGGAGCAAGAUCUCUGCCUCGCCAGGAUCUUGACCUUUGGAUACAAUGCUUCCUUCCAGAAGGCCGGCAAUGUGUCAUUGUCGCUGCUCGACUUUGCGAAAGACCUAUUGUUCGACCUGAAAUAUGGCAAAGAUCCAGACAUGGACGAGCUGGAUAUGGGAAAAGUGCCCAUAAUCUUUGUCGUCCACAGCAUGGGAGGCCUAGUUGUCAAAGAGGCAAGGCUUAUAUACAAGGGCAAAACGAUCCGGAAUUCGGUCAUGCUCAACUCCAAGCAAUAUGUGGCCGAGCUAGCGAGAAACUCGCUCACGCUACAGAAAUUGAAUGAGCAAUUUCGACAUAUCGCUCCACGACUAGACAUCGUGUCGUUCUAUGAGACGAUGCCUACCCGGAUCAAAAGUGCUCGAGUUAUGGUACUGGAGAAGGAAUCAUCUGUCUUGGGCUAUCCUGGAGAAGUAUCUAAAGCGUUGAGCGCGGAUCACCACGGUAUCUGCAAGUAUGAAGGGCCACAAGACCCGAAUUACAUAACCAUCAGGAACGUGCUGAAGUCCCUCGUCGGCAAGAUCCUCGUCAAAGAUAACGCCAAGCAGCCAGAGCUUUCUGAACGAAGAGCAGCUCUCGACCUGAAGUCCUUGUUCGCACUAUCAGAGCUUCCCGGACUGGACUACAUCUUCUUCCGAGACCAAUGGACGGAGGACACCAACAACUGGAUCAACAGCGACAAGACCUUACUCCAGUGGCGAGAUUCACAAGAUGAUCUGAGCUUGCUAUGGCUGAAUGGCGGGGCGGCGACCGGGAAGUCCAUCCUUGCUUCAACCAUCAUUAAUAAUCUGGCUCAAGACGGACGCAGCUGUCAAUAUUUCUUCAUUCGGCAUGGAGAUCGCAAGAAAAGAUCAUUAAGUUUCUUACUCCGUUCGCUUGCAUUCCAAAUCGCGCAGUCUGCACCAGGCCUCGCUCACCAACUGAACGAACUCAAAGACGAGGGUAUCGACUUUGAGACGGCGGAUUCGAAGAUUAUCUGGGACCGCGUUUUCAAGUCCGUCAUCUUCAAAAUUGUUUUGGAACAGCCACUGUACUGGAUCAUUGACGGUCUGGACGAAAUUGAGUCUCCUAGGAUCGCCAUCAAAAUGCUCCUGGAUAUCACUGCGUGCUCGCCUAUUCGCAUGCUAUUCUCAAGUCGGCGAACUCCGGACAUCACCAGCGCUCUCGAUAGACGUCCUGCAGCUAUUCGCUUCGCGACUCUUGAUAUCGAUGGCCAUCUCGAAGACAUUCGUAUACACGUUCGCCAGGAGCUCAGGGUACCAGGUGGCAAUGAAAUCAAGGAGAGAAUAGAGAGGCAGAUUGUCGAAAAGUCUCAAAACAAUUUCCUGUGGGCUCGACUGGCUGUCGAAAGUGUGAACCAAUGCCACACACUUGAAGAUAUUGACGCAGCACUUCAACAACUCCCUGAAGGCAUGGAUGCUCUAUACGACCGCAUGGCGUCGUCUAUCACAGAAAAUCCCAACCCGCGCGACAAGCAGCUGGCUACGAAGAUCCUUCAAUGUUUGACGUGCUCCCUCCGUGUCCUAUCCGUCUCUGAAAUGGCACAUGCACUUGGCGAGGCCGCAUCGGGGAUAUUGGACCUUCCGCGUACCAUUGGCGACUUGUGCGGAGGAUUUGCGGCUGUGGACAACGAUGGCAAUGUGUCGAUAAUUCACCAUUCUGCUCGUGAGUACCUACUGGAAAGCUCAGACCAGCGGCAACUCAGCAUCGAUCGAGCCACCGCCCACAAAGACUUGUUUCUGAGCUCGAUGCGCCGUCUCAUGUCGACGGGGCUUAGGGCAAAGCUUGGUCGUCAUCAAGCUCCCGAGUUUCUGGAUUACGCCGCGGUCUCGUGGUCGAAUCACCUGCUGCACGUUACGCCCCUCGAUGAUGACAGUCUUUCUACCCUGAAAAGAUUGUUGACGGGCAACUCGAUGCUUACUUGGAUCCAUGCCCUGUCCACCACAGGAAAUCUGCGUGUCCUCGCUCAGACCUCCAAAGAUCUCUCCAAGGUUGCCCGUAAUAUGAGACAACAUUCGAAACUUGACAUUUCCGAGCAAGAGCUAAUCUCGAGUUGGUCUGUGGACCUUCUCAGGAUCAUGGGCAGAUAUGGCAGUCUUCUGCGCCGAAAACCAGACUCCAUCUACAACGCGAUCCCUCCUUUCUGCCCCAAGGGCUCCUCUGUCCACCAACUCUUUGGCAAGUCGGAAGCCUUAUCUGUGAAUGGUAUCUCAACCGAGAAAUGGGAUGACCUGUUUGCGAGGAUUUCUGUGGGCAAAUCGUUCGCAUCUUCCAUCCAGGCUGCUGGGCCGCACGUGGCCGUGCUCGCCGCUCCAGGGAAUGUUCACAUCUACGAAGCGGCCGACUUCCGAGAAUCGAAAGGCAGCCCUAUCCAGCAUGGAGAGCGUGUGGACAGAGUCCAGUUGAACAAUACGGCAUCUCUACUGGUGUCCUACGGCUAUCGGACUACCAAAGUCUGGAAAGUCUCCUCGGGCGAUUGUGUUCUGUCCGUCGACAGCGUCGAGUCAAAGACUAGGCCUUUGACGAUGUUAUUUAUCAACAACGAUUCGACGCUACUUGUCGGCUCCGAUGAUCGGCGGGUUCGCUCACUCAGUAUCGUUGAGGAAAAGCCAGAAUGGGAGAUAAUCGCCGACCUGGAGGAGUUUGGACUCGAGAAACACUUUACCAACUCGGCCAGUCACAUGGCUUUAAGUCCAGACGGCACCAUGAUUACUGUCGGCUAUCGUCGCCACCCCGCCUCGGCAUGGGAAUUAGAGGGCUCGAAUCACAUUGGUUAUUGCCGGCGCAAAGACGACGUGUCCAUGGUCCGUGAGCUGCGAGAUCUUAUUUGGCACCCAUAUCAGCCGGAGGUCUUGGGCCUGACCGUGGAAGGCGUUGUGUUCAAAUGGGCACCCUACGAAGACAGCGUCGAUGAGCUCUCUGCUGAAGCGUCCAAGCUGGCCAUCAGUAACGAUGGCGAGCUGUUUGUCACGGGAGACUCCCAUGGACGAAUAAAGCUGUACACCACUGCCAACUUCUCAUUGCUGUACAAUAUAUCCGCUCAAGAGGCAGUAUUCGGUCUGGCAUUCAGUCCUGAUUCGAAACGCUUCUACGAUAUCAGAGGCUUUCACGCGAAUGCGUGGGAGCCGAACGCACUGGUUAGAUAUGCGGAGAGCUCUGGGGACCUGGACUCGGUGAGCGAGUACUCCAUGUCACAUGUGUCCGAGAGGUCGACAAGUAGUUCUGCAGCAGUCGACCCCAUAACUGCAUUAGCCGGAUCUCCAAGUGGCCGCCUUUACUGCUACGGCACUCAGAAAGGAGUCGUCAGUCUGCAUGAUACCAAGGAAGGCAGGAUCGCCACACUCUACUCGUCUAGGGCAAAGUUUGCGAUAGAACACAUUACCUGGAGCCAUGAUGGAAAACGCAUGUGUACAUCCGACUUCAGCAAACAAAUCGUCGUAUUCACCGCAGCAAACGACUUGGCCGACGCGAAUCCGAGCUACGAGCAAUCAGCAUCAAUACCGAUGCGGAAAUUGACCAAGAGUCCCAUCACUCAGAUACUGUUCCAUCCCUCGUCGAGUCAUAUAGUUGUUCUGGCAUCGCCACAGAUACACACGAUAUCCCUCACCUCCUACUCGGUGGAGAAUUCCAGAGACCUGAGCUCUGCCAUUUCCUGCUGGGUGUGUCACCCAACCAACUCUGAGUUGCUUGUGGGCUUCGGGGCUCACAACAUCACAAUCAUGGACUGGAACCUGGUGGAACAACGGAAAUCUGCCAUCCAAUGGCCACGAGGACCCUGCGAUGAAAAGGCGCCGACGAGCACUCUCUUCCGCGUGGACCGAGUCCACUCUUCUCAUGACAACAACCAUUUUCUGCUGCAAGUAUCCACUGCCGGCGACUCUUCCAGGACCAGUCAAUUGUUCUUCCUGAAGACGCCUGAUUUAUCAUCACACGAACGAUCCGAAGACGCGACGGGCACGUCUUCACCGACAAUUUGCCUGCACCGCAUGCUGUCCCUGCUAUACCAAGACGUUUCACUUGCACUCAGGCUGGUAUGGGGAGACCGCCUGAUUUACGGGAGGUGCUUCAACAGAGAAGCUGAGUAG